UUUACUAGACAUUUGGUAGUGCUUGUUGGUGGUGACUGGCGACUGGUACCUGCAAUGCCACACCUCGUAUUCUCUUCAAUCGAGGUGCCUCCAUCUUGUUUUUGAUCUUUAAUGGAGAUCCAUCAAUACCCAAAAGCCCAAAAUCAAAAAUAUCAUCUCCAUUUACUAGAAAGUAUUCUACUUUCACACUCAAAUAUAUCAACCAUUUUCAUCUUUUUGCUAAAAAGAUCCCUCCUCUCUCUUCUCUCUUAAGACAAGCACAGGUAUUUUUCUGCUGAUAAUUGCUGCAUUGCCACCAUGCUCAAACAAAUUCUAAGAAAAAUCCCAAGGAAGUCCUCAAAGUCUGAUUCAUUGGAUUCCACUGGGAUUGAUUCUGGAAACAAUUCUAGCAAUUGGGACAAUGGAGUCUCAUGUACAAGUGGAGGAAGUUCUUUUUCGAGUCGAUUAAAUGUUGUCAAACGGGUGUCUUCAGCAGUCUUUCCUGCAAGCAUCAUGGCUGGGGUGGAGGCUGUGGAGCCUCAUAUAUCCUUCAAAGAUGUUUCAAAUCUACAGAAACAAAACCUGUUUGUCAGUAAAUUAAACUUCUGCUGCAAAGCUUUUGAUGUCAGUGAUCCAGAUAAAAUUGCUUCCCAGCAAGAUAUUAAACGUCAAAUACUGCUGGAGCUUGUUGAUUUUGUUUCAUCUGGAUCUGCCAAGUUUAAUGAACCUGCAAUGGCUGCAAUGUGUAAGAUGUGUGCAACAAACCUCUUUCGGGUUUUCCCCCCGAAGUAUCAUUCCAAUAACACAGGUGGUGAAACAGAGGAUGAAGAGCCGAUGUUUGAUCCCGAUUGGUCACAUUUACAAUGUGUGUAUGAUCUACUACUCAAGUUUAUAAAUUCGGUUGAUGCAAAGGCAGCAAAGAAGUAUAUAGAUCAUGCUUUUAUUAUGAGAUUACUUGACCUCUUUGAUUCCGAGGACCCAAGAGAAAGAGACUGUUUGAAAACUAUUCUGCAUAAGAUUUAUGGGAAUUUCAUGGUACACCGACCUUUUAUCCGAAAAGCUGUUAAUAACAUCAUCUAUAAUUUUGUUUUUGAAACUGACCGUCAUAAUGGAAUUGCUGAGCUGUUGGAGAUUUUUGGAAGUGUUAUUAGCGGCUUUGCCUUGCCUUUGAAAGAGGAACAUAAGAUGUUUCUAUGGAGAGCUUUGAUUCCUCUACACAAGCCAAAAUCGGUCGGCAUCUACCAUCAACAAUUGACAUAUUGUGUUGUACAGUUUAUAGAUAAGGAUCCAAAGUUGGCAAGUAGUGUGAUUAAGGGUUUACUGAAGUAUUGGCCAGUGACAAACAGCCAGAAGGAAUUGAUGUUUAUAAGUGAGAUAGAAGAGAUUUUGGAAAUGACUAGCAUGGAUGAGUUUCAAAAGAUCAUGGUCCCACUAUUUCGACGCAUUGGAUGCUGCCUUAAUAGCUCACAUUACCAGGUGGCUGAACGGGCUCACUUGCUAUGGAACAAUGAGCGCAUCCUAAAUCUUAUUGUGCAAAACAGGCAGGUGAUUGUGCCUCUUGUCUUCUCAGCGCUCGAGCGGAACACCCAGAAUCAUUGGAAUCAAGCAGUUCUCAACCUAACACAGAAUAUUAAGAAGAUGUUCAGUGAGAUGGAUGAAGAGCUAGUGCUUGCCUGCCAAUGUAAGUUGAAGGAGGAAGACUCGAUGUUAAGUGCGAAAGCUGAGAAACGGAGGUUGACAUGGGAACGCCUUGAAAAUGCUGCUGGUUUCCAAUCUACAGCUGAUAAUAUCUUGUCUCCAGUAAAACCUGCCACAUGCUCUGUUGCCUGCUAAUAUCUAAUAGUGUGAGCAACACUGUCGGCGAAAGAAACAAACAAUUGUGCCAAUCUGAUUGCAGUGCUGAAAUCAUUUCCUGAAAUAGGAAGGAAUCUAGGAUGCUAGUAGGAUUUGCAUCUUGUGCUAAGGUGUUGUAUUAUAAGUAGUAAUGCUGCCGCGGCGCUGCUGCUGCUGCGGCUGCAGCCACCUUGAAGGUUUGUUUGGCAGAUGGGGGCUGUGAUGGAAUUGCCCCAUAGCUUGCAAUUAUGUGUAUUGACAUCCCCUGUUUCUACAAUACCCCAAGGGCUGUUUGUUUUUCUGCCCAUAUUUAUUCUUUUCAAGAGUUGUAAUUUGUCUCCUUGCUCUGAAAAUGGAGCUGCUGCUGCUGCUGCUUCUGUCCUUACUAUAACCCAGCAAGGAUUUCUAGCUGUUUGCUUUAUUACACUUUAAGUUGUAUAGCUAAUUCCCAUUUCUUUCCUCAGCUUAUGAAACAUUUAGCACUGGGUUGGAUUUUGCA